AUGGUGGCUCAGCUGAAGCAGGAGUUGGCCACUUUGAAGGCCAACUCGGAACAAGUACAACAGUCUCGGUCACAAGAUGAGGUGAUCGUGGGAACCCUGCAACGAAGGCUCGAAGAGGCAAAUGCAUCCUGUGCCGAAGCCGCAGCUGUUUCGGAACAUCGCUACCAGGAGCUUCUGAUGCUGAAGUCUGAUUUCGCGGCUGCGCAAGACGCGUGGCAGGCGCAACAGCGUGAGGCUGAGGCCAUGGUGGCUCAGCUGAUGCAGGAGUUGGCCACUUUGAAGGCCAACUCGGAACAAGUACAACAGUCUCGGUCACAAGAUGAGGUGAUCGUGGGAACCCUGCAACGAAGGCUCGAAGAGGCAAAUGCAUCCUGUGCCGAAGCCGCAGCUGUUUCGGAACAUCGCUACCAGGAGCUUCUGAUGCUGAAGUCUGAUUUCGCUGCUGCGCAAGACGCGUGGCAGGUGCAACAGCGUGAGGCUGAGGCCAUCGUGGCUCAGCUGAAGCAGGAGUUGGCCACUUUGAAGGCCAACUCGGAACAAGUACAACAGUCUCGGUCACAAGAUGAGGUGAUCGUGGGAACCCUGCAACGAAGGCUCGAAGAGGCAAAUGCAUCCUGUGCCGAAGCCGCAGCUGUUUCGGAACAUCGCUACCAGGAGCUUCUGAUGCUGAAGUCUGAUUUCGCGGCUGCGCAAGAUGCGUGGCAGGCGCAACAGCGUGAGGCUGAGGCCGUGGUGGCUCAGCUGAUGCAGGAGUUAGCCACUUUGAAGGCCAACUCGGAACAAGUACAAGUACAACAGUCUCGGUCACAAGAUGAGGUGAUCGUGGGAACCCUGCAACGAAGGCUCGAAGAGGCAAAUGCAUCCUGUGCCGAAGCCGCAGCUGUUUCGGAACAUCGCUACCAGGAGCUUCUGAUGCUGAAGACCCGCGCUCAGCCAGAAACCGCACGCACGGCUUGCGAAGUGCAGCAUGGCGUGUCCAGGUCUGAUUUCGCGGCUGCGCAAGAUGCGUGGCAGGCGCAACAGCGUGAGGCUGAGGCCGUGGUGGCUCAGCUGAUGCAGGAGUUGGCCACUUUGAAGGCCAACUCGGAACAAGUACAAGUACAACAGUCUCGGUCACAAGAUGAGGUGAUCGUGGGAACCCGGGAGCGAACGCUCGAAGAGGCAAAUGCACCCGGGGCCGAAGCAGAAGUUGUUUUGGAGCAUCGUCACCAGGCCAACCUGGAACAAGCGCAACAGUCUGCUGGUCAAGAUCAGGUGCUCGCAAGCGCCCCGCAGGAAAGGCUUGACGAUGCCUCCCGUGCCGAAGCCGCAGCUGUUGGCCAGGAUCCCAACUCGGCACCCAACGAGGGCAGCAUCUCGACAGGUGUGCAAAUGUCUAGCACCUCCGGUACGCCCACAUCAGCGGCCCCGACAUUGCUGACGGAGCAACGUCGCCGGCCGUCCCAAGCACUGAAAGACUGUGCCCAGAGCGGAAGCCUCUGCCGUGAAGUUCAGGCGACUGAUGGAGGCUUGUGGCAAUGCGAGGGCGUCCUAAACUUCGGACUCAGUGGUGAGGCCAAGGCCCGACUGAAAGCCAGCAACCGUCAGGCAGAGGAAGAUGCCGAUCGAAGCAAAGAGCUGGCGGAGGAGCUCCGGGCCAAGUAUCGCCAGCACUACGGCCAUGAGCCAAAGGCUGUCAAGGACAAGGUGCAGCAAUGCUCAUUUUACAAUGUCCACGGCCCAUGCUGCGCGCAGUUGUCCUUCGAAUGGAUCUUCCACCUGCGAUACUACUGGGAAGUGGAUGACAGUCGCCCUGUCCUAGCCGAGGUCAAGUGUGUCCAGACAUCAAUUCCUUACGGAUACGAGUACCUGGUCACCACUCCGUUGACGGAUAUGCACGGAUCCCAGUCAUGCAUCCCGGUGCUGCAUCACUCUGAUGGGCCCUCAGAGGUUCUCCGGCAGGCAAAGCUCCUGCUCGCGGAGCUCUCGGAGCAGGUCUUCGAGCAUCGCUUUGCCCAGACACAGGUGUUCUGCCAGGAAGUCGCGAAGGCCGUGAGGGUAUGUGUCAAGGAGACAGGUGUGGACAAACCGUUCUCUGCCAAAGUCACUUCCGAGAUGAUCGCCCGCGGCAAAUACAUGCUGCGCCAUUUCGGACCUGUGUCCGAGAACUGUGCCUUGUUGCUGGAUGGAUACGUCGCAGGAGGAACUGCAGUGACCAGCGCCCGCCGCAACUUCCCCAAGCAUUCCUUGCAGUAG